AUGGCUGAUAGUGAUUCUGAUGAAGAAACCACCGAAUCCCGUGUUACUAAGGGGAAGAGUAUUUACGAAAGGGAAGAUGAUUAUAGAAGACAACGUUUAAGGCAACGGUUAUCUCCUGAGCGAUAUGACCCGUUCUCAGGGAAGACUCCGCUGCCGGAAGAGCGCACUUUCGCGGACGUGAUGAAAGAAACUGAAAUUUCACGACAGAGAAACGAAAUCAGCAAACACAUUAGUAAACAUGGUAUUAGCAAAGAGGUCGAAGAAGCCAUAGAAGAAACAAGAAGAUCUAAAAGAAGAUCACAAAGAGAUCGAUGGGAUAGUACACCUGAUGCUGGAGAAGCUCAAACACCGGCGUUUGAUAGCACUCCAAUGGAUAGUACACCAUUUGAUGGGACAUUUGAAAUGUUGGAGAAAAAGAAAGUUAGCCGAUGGGAUAAAACACCAAUGAUGGAACAACAAACUCCAAUGGCACAUACAGGAAUGUACGGAAUGGCAACACCAAUGACGCCACAAAUAGUAGUGCCCGAAAGCAUGCUAAAGUUUAACAUUACAACGAGCUAUGAGGAUAGGAAUAGGUAUUUAACUGAUGAAGAGUUGGAUGAAUUGUUGCCAGUUGAGGGUUACGAGAUAGUGUUACCACCGCCAGACUAUCAACCAUAUAGAAAACCGAGCUCAUACACUUAUGGGACUGUUACACCACACUUUACCAUCCCAGACGAUGUGAGGAAGCCAUAUGAUAUUCCAGGCACUCCAAGUAUCCUACAAGAUGUGGAAAUAAAGGCUGAGGACCAGCACUUCUUCAGUAAACUGUUCGAUGAUUCAACCGAGGAUGAUUUGACAUCGGAUGAAAUUACCGAACGCAGGAUUUUAGCGCUGCUAUUAAAGGUUAAAAAUGGGACUCCACCACACCGAAGACAGGCAUUAAGAUUAUUAGCAAGCAAGGCGAAGGAGUUUGGACCAGGACCACUUUUUAAUCAAAUCUUGCCAUUAAUGAUGCAGUCUACAUUGCAGGACCAGGAACGUCACUUAAUGGUCAAGGUGAUAGAUAGAAUAUUGUUUAAGUUGAGAGAUUCAGUACGACCAUACGUACAUAAAAUUUUGGUGGUAAUUGAGCCAUUGCUAAUUGAUGAAGAUUAUUAUGCCCGAGUUGAGGGAAGAGAAAUCAUAUCAAACUUGAGCAAAGCAGCGGGAUUGGCAACAAUGAUUGGUGUCAUGAGGCCAGAUAUUGACCACCCAGAUGAAUAUGUCAGAAACACCACAGCGAGAGCAUUUGCAGUUGUAGCCUCUUCGAUGGGUGUUUCUUCUUUAAUUUUAUUUUUAAAAGCCGUUUGUCAAUCUAAAAAAUCAUGGCAAGCUAGACAUACAGGAAUAAAGAUAAUACAACAAAUAAGUAUAUUAAUUGGAUGUGGAGUGUUACCAUAUUUGAAGCAGUUGAUAGAUAUAAUAAAGCACGGACUGAAUGAUGAACACCAGAAGGUGCGCACAAUCACGGCUUUAGCCUUAGCUGCACUAGCUGAAUCCUCGGCACCAUACGGAAUUGAAGCGUUUGACCCCGUUCUAAGACCGCUUUGGAAAGGAAUUACUGAAUACAAAGGGAAAAAUCUCGCUUCGUUCCUUAAAGCUAUAGGAAAUAUAAUACCAUUGAUGGACCCAUAUUAUGCAAAUUAUUACACCAGAGAAGUUAUGUUGAUUUUGAUCAAUGAGUUCAACACGCCAGAUGAGGAAAUGAAGUCGAUAGUGUUGAAGGUGGUCCGCCAGUGCGUAUCAACAGAGGGCGUAACAGCAGAGUACAUUAAGUCUGACCUUUUGAGUCCAUUUUUCUCCAAGUUCUGGAUAGUUAGAAAUUCACUGGACAAGAAAAAUUCAGACCUAUUAAUUGAGACAACAGUUGAGAUAGCGCAGAAGGUAGGAACUUGUGCGAUCUUGGAGAAGUUGGUGGAGGAUUUGAAGGACCCUUCAGAACCAUUCAGAAGAAUGGUGGCCCAGUGCAUUGAGGCGAUUUUAAUCACUAACAUAAGAACUACAGGGAACUCAGUGAUCAGCUCUGACAUCCUGGAAAUCAGUACACGCUUAGAAGAAUUAUUAAUUGACGGCAUGUUAUAUGCAUUCCAGGAACAAGUGAAUGAGGAUUCUGGAGUUCUUUUGGAUUCAUUUGGAACACUAAUUCAUGUAUUAGGAGCAAGAGUUAAGCCGUAUUUGCCUCAAAUCACAGGUCUGAUACGCUGGAGACUAGGCACACAAUCCGCCAGAACAAGACAACAAGCUGCCGAUUUAAUAUCCAAAAUUGCACCAGUUAUGAAAGUUUGCGAUGAGUUACAAAUGUUGAAUCACUUGUCAUUAUAUUUGUACGAAUAUUUGGGUGAGGAAUAUCCAGAGGUGUUGGGUAGUAUACUGUGUGCAUUGAAGAGUAUUGUGAAUGUGGUUGGAACCACAGAAAUCACUCCACCGAUUAAAGAUUUGUUGCCUCGUUUAACCCCAAUUCUUAAGAAUAGACAUGAGAAGGUUCAAGAAAAUGUAAUUGAGUUGAUUGGAAGAAUCGCAGACCGAGGUGGUGAUCUAGUUUCCCCCAAGGAAUGGGAUAGGAUUUGCUUUGACCUGAUUGACCUCUUGAGGGCAAACAAAAAGAGUAUACGCCGUGCCACUGUUAACACAUUUGGUUACAUUGCACGCUGCAUUGGACCACAUGACGUCCUGUCAACCCUUCUAAACCACCUAAAAGUUCAGGAAAGACAAUUGAGAAUUUGCACUACAAUCGCAAUUGCAAUUGUUGCUGAAACCUGUUUGCCUUACUCAGUACUCCCUGCGAUGAUGAAUGAGUAUAAAAUUCCUGAUCAAAAUAUACAAACUGGAAUAUUGAAAUCAUUGUGCUUCAUGUUCGAGUAUAUAGGAGAGAUGUCUAAAGAUUAUAUAUAUAGUAUUGUUCCAUUACUGGAGGAUGCAUUGAUGUGUCGUGAUUUGGUACACCGUCAAACUGCAGCUUGGACUUGCAAAUAUUUGGCUUUGGGUGUAUUCGGGCUCAAUUGCGAAGAUGCACUCAUUCACCUUCUCAACUACGUCUGGCCUAACAUUUUUGAGACAAGCCCACAUCUAACUCAGUCUGUAUUUGAUGCCCUCGAUGGUUUUAGGGUUUCUCUAGGCCCUUCAAUUAUUUUCAAUUAUACACUUCAAGGACUUUUUCAUCCAGCCAGAAGGGUCCGUGAAGCCUAUUGGAGAGUAUAUAACAAUUUAUAUUUGGGCCAUCAGGAUGCUUUGGUGCCAUUGUAUCCUCUAAUAACUGAAGGUGUUGAACGCAAACACCAGUCAAACGAGCUCUUAUAUAUGAUAUAG